AUGGGAUCUCAACUUGAAGUGAAAUUGGAAGAACCAAAGAAAGAAUCCUUGUCUGCCGAAGGCCGAGUCAAGGAGCCGAAGCCGAUUCAAUUGGAGGAUGAAGACGAAUUUGAAGAGUUCCCUCGAUGUGAAGCUAGAGCUCAAAAAAAUGCACUGGAGCUUGAUUCCGAGUUGAAUGUAUGGGCUGAUAAUUGGGACGAUGAAAACAUCGAAAAGGACUUCCAUGCCAUGCUCAGAGAAGAGUUGAGCAAGUCCGGUCAAAACCCUACCAACCUAUGA